AUGGCGAGGCAUUCGUUGAUUUCGAUCCCAAAGAGAUGGUCGCUGGUGAUAUUACUGUGCAUCGCCCUCUCCACCGCCAUUGCCUUCUUCAUCGGGGCCUCGUUCCGAGCCUGUAACUCUCAGGAUUACUCUGACAGCAAGAGUUUCAACUCUCCCGUUCACGAGAAAGAAGAUAAUCCGCUAAGUUUUAUGAAAUCGAAGCUCGUCCUUUUGGUUUCCCACGAGCUCUCGCUUUCCGGUGGACCGUUACUGUUAAUGGAACUUGCCUUCUUGUUGAGAGCUGCUGGCACACGGGUUGUGUGGAUCACUAAUCAGAAGCCCACUGAACUGGAUGAAGUGAUUUACAGUCUGGAAGAAAGAAUGAAAGACAGAGGAGUGGAGGUUUUGCCUGCUAAGGGGCAGGAAGCCGUUGAUACAGCUCUUAAGGCUGAUCUGGUUGUUUUAAAUACAGCCGUGGCCGGCAAGUGGCUGGAUGUUGUGCUCCAAGAUAAUGUGCCUCGUGUGCUUCCCAAGGUUUUGUGGUGGAUUCAUGAAAUGCGAGGGCAUUACUUUAAACUGGAGUAUGUUAAGCACCUCCCUUUUGUUGCAGGUGCCAUGAUCGACUCACAUACCACUGCCGACUACUGGAAGAACAGGACUCAUGAGAGGCUAGGGAUUAAGAUGCCUGAGACCUAUGUUGUGCAUCUUGGCAAUAGCAAAGACUUGAUGGAAGUAGCUGAAGACAGCGUGGCGAGAAGGGUUCUUAGAGAGCAUGUUAGAGAAUUACUUGGAGUCCGAAAAGAUGAUCUUCUGUUUGCCAUUAUAAACAGUGUUUCCCGAGGGAAAGGUCAGGAUCUAUUUCUUAAAGCUUUCAAUGAAGCUCUGCAGCUCCGCCGAGAGAGGAAACUGAAAGUGCCACCAAUGCAUGCGGUUGUAGUGGGGAGUGACAUGGGUGCCCAGACAAAGUUUGAAACAGAAUUACGUAAAUUUGUUGAUGAAAAGAAAAUUCAGGACAGCGUGCGCUUUGUGAACAAAACAUUGAAUGUAGCUCCUUAUCUAGCUUCCAUUGAUGUUCUUGUACAGAACUCUCAGGCUCGUGGAGAGUGCUUUGGGAGGAUAACCAUUGAAGCUAUGGCCUUCCAGCUUCCUGUAUUGGGCACAGCUGCCGGGGGCACAACUGAGAUUGUAGUAAAUGGCACGACAGGCUGGUUGCAUCCAGCUGGCAAAGAAGGCGUAACGGCUCUUGCAGAAAACAUCAUUCGACUGGCCAAAGACUCCGAGACGAGAAGGAGAAUGGGAUUGAAGGGUUAUGAUCGGGUCAAUGAAAUGUUCUUGGAACACCACAUGUCGCGUAGGAUAUCAUCAGUCUUGAAGGAGGUUCUACGAAAGGCAAAGAGAGGGUGA